CACACACUAUUGCUAUUCCUAUUCCCAUAUCACCAACAACAAGAAGAAUGAAGAAUAACACAAGUGAAAUUAAUAGAGGGAGAGAUAAAGGGAAACAACCCGUUACUAUAAACCAGGUUAAAUAAAACCAAAAAACAAAAUUUUGAGAGUGUGAAUAGAAAAAGGUUGGCACUUGGCAGCUGAAACAUGAGGAGCUCAAUAAAAGCCAUGUAGAAGAAGAAGAAGAAUAGAGUGAGAUAAUAAAGGAACGGUGGUGGUAGUGGUUGAUAAAGCUAAGGAAUUUUUAGUUUUGCUAAUGUCUCAAGAUUCUGAGGAGAUAAAGACCAUUGAGCAGUGGAGAUGGUCUGAAAUGCAAGGACUUGAGCUUGUGUCUUCUUCUGACUCACAUAAAUCCAACCCAACAACAUUGGAAGAGGGAGAAGAACCAAAGGAAAUGGAGGAGGAAGAGGUGGUUUCAGUGCCCAAGAAAGAUAGUGGUGGUGUUUCUAAUGGGGCUUCUAGUGGUGGCAGUGGUAGUGGGGAGAAGGGUGUGAGUGUUCCUUCUGUUGGGUUUAUUGAGCUUUUCAGAUUUGCUGAUGGGUUGGAUUACAUUCUCAUGGCAAUUGGAACGGUUGGAGCAAUAGUACAUGGAUGUUCCUUGCCACUGUUUCUUCGGUUCUUUGCUGAUCUUGUGAAUUCCUUCGGUUCCAAUGCAAAUAAUUUGGAUAAGAUGACCCAGGAAGUGGUGAAGUAUGCAUUUUACUUCCUGGUCGUGGGUGCUGCCAUAUGGGCAUCUUCAUGGGCAGAGAUUUCGUGUUGGAUGUGGACAGGUGAGCGCCAAUCAACGAGGAUGAGGAUCGGGUAUCUUGAAGCAGCGUUGGACCAAGACAUUCAAUUCUUUGACACAGAGGUUCGAACAUCCGAUGUUGUUUUUGCCAUUAACACUGAUGCUGUCAUGGUACAAGAUGCAAUUAGCGAGAAGUUGGGUAAUUUCAUUCACUACAUGGCUACAUUUGUUUCUGGGUUUGUUGUGGGUUUCACUGCUGUUUGGCAAUUAGCACUGGUUACCCUUGCUGUAGUUCCUAUGAUAGCUGUAAUUGGAGCCAUUCACACCACAACUUUGGCCAAACUAUCUAGCAAAAGCCAGGAAGCUCUUUCUGAAGCUGGCAACAUUGUGGAACAGACUGUUGUCCAAAUUCGAGUGGUGUUGGCAUUUGUUGGGGAGACCAGGGCACUAGAGGCCUAUUCCUCAGCAUUGAGGAUUGCCCAAAAGAUUGGUUACAGAAGUGGAUUUGCAAAGGGAAUGGGAUUGGGUGCCACUUACUUUGUUGUUUUCUGUUGCUAUGCUCUUUUGCUUUGGUAUGGAGGCUAUCUGGUUAGGCACCAAUACACCAAUGGAGGGCUUGCCAUUGCCACCAUGUUUUCUGUUAUGAUUGGUGGAUUGGCUUUAGGCCAGUCUGCACCCAGCAUGGCUGCUUUUACAAAGGCAAGAGUUGCUGCUGCUAAAAUUUUCCGUGUGAUUGAUCACAAACCGAGUAUAGACAGAAAGACUGAAACAGGUUUGGAGUUAGAGACUGUGACAGGACUAGUAGAGCUGAAAAAUGUGGACUUUGCAUACCCCUCAAGGCCAGAGGUUCGGAUCCUUAACAACUUCUCCUUGAAUGUGCCUGCUGGCAAGACCAUGGCUUUGGUGGGAAGCAGUGGCUCAGGCAAGAGCACAAUUGUGUCCCUCAUUGAGAGAUUCUAUGACCCUUCGUCAGGACAAGUGUUGCUUGAUGGGCAUGAUGUUAAGACAUUGAAGCUUAGGUGGUUGAGACAGCAGAUAGGACUAGUGAGUCAAGAGCCUGCUUUAUUUGCUACCACAAUUGGAGAAAAUAUACUUUUAGGUAGGCCUGAUGCAGCCAAGGUUGAGAUAGAAGAAGCUGCCAGAGUAGCUAAUGCUGAUUCUUUUAUCAUCAAACUUCCCGAAGGUUAUGAAACUCAGGUAGGAGAGAGAGGGCUGCAACUUUCAGGAGGACAAAAGCAGAGAAUUGCAAUUGCAAGGGCAAUGCUGAAAAACCCAGCAAUUCUUCUCCUAGAUGAGGCAACAAGUGCAUUGGACUCUGAGUCAGAAAAGUUGGUUCAAGAAGCCCUUGAUAGGUUCAUGAUUGGUAGAACAACUCUUGUCAUUGCUCAUCGCCUCUCCACUAUUCGCAAAGCUGACCUUGUUGCUGUGCUUGAGAAAGGAAUUGUUUCUGAAAUUGGAACUCAUGAUGAGCUCUUUGCCAAAGGUGAAAAUGGAGUCUAUGCCAAGCUUAUCAAGAUGCAGGAGAUGGCACAUGAAACUUCUAUGAGUAAUGCCAGAAAGAGUAGUGCAAGGCCUUCAAGUGCUAGAAACUCUGUAAGCUCACCCAUAAUUGCUCGGAAUUCUUCUUAUGGCCGAUCACCAUACUCACGGAGACUGUCUGACUUCUCUACGUCUGAUUUUAGUCUGACCGUUGAUGCAUCACAUCCAAAUUACAAGCAUGAAAAGCUUGCUUUCAAAGAUCAAGCCAGUUCCUUCUGGCGACUCGCAAAAAUGAACUCUCCUGAAUGGCUUUAUGCUUUAAUUGGUUCUAUAGGAUCUGUUGUUUGUGGAUCCCUUAGUGCAUUCUUUGCUUAUGUUCUUAGCGCUGUCCUCAGUGUCUAUUACAAUCCAAAUCACAGACACAUGAUUCGAGAAAUUGAAAAAUACUGCUACUUGUUGAUUGGGCUUUCAUCAACUGCACUUCUCUUCAAUACAUUGCAGCACUUCUUCUGGGAUAUUGUUGGUGAAAAUCUCACAAAACGUGUAAGGGAGAAAAUGUUGACUGCAGUGCUUAAAAAUGAAAUGGCAUGGUUUGAUCAGGAGGAAAAUGAGAGUGCUAGGAUUGCAGCAAGGCUAUCUCUUGAUGCCAACAAUGUGAGAUCAGCCAUUGGAGAUCGGAUUUCAGUUAUUGUGCAGAACACUGCACUUAUGCUAGUUGCCUGCACUGCUGGGUUUGUAUUGCAAUGGCGCCUUGCCCUUGUUCUUGUGGCUGUCUUCCCUGUUGUUGUUGCAGCCACUGUUUUGCAGAAAAUGUUCAUGACUGGUUUCUCUGGUGAUCUGGAAGCUGCUCAUGCCAAGGCCACACAACUAGCUGGAGAGGCUAUAGCCAAUGUAAGGACCGUUGCUGCCUUUAAUUCAGAAAAGAAAAUUGUUGGCCUUUUCACCUCCAAUCUCGAAACUCCACUGCGGCGCUGCUUUUGGAAAGGACAAAUUUCUGGAAGUGGAUAUGGGAUAGCUCAGUUUGCACUCUAUGCAUCAUAUGCACUUGGUCUUUGGUAUGCUUCUUGGCUUGUGAAGCAUGGUAUAUCUGAUUUCUCUAAAACAAUCCGAGUUUUUAUGGUACUUAUGGUUUCUGCCAAUGGUGCUGCUGAAACCUUAACCCUGGCUCCUGACUUCAUCAAGGGUGGUCGAGCAAUGAGGUCAGUCUUUGAUCUCCUUGACCGGAGAACUGAGAUUGAGCCAGAUGAUCUAGAUGCUACCCCUAUCCCUGAUCGGAUUCGAGGUGAAGUAGAACUUAAGCACAUUGACUUCUCUUAUCCCACUAGACCAGAUAUGCCAGUUUUUCGUGACCUUUGUCUUCGAGCCAGGGCAGGUAAAACUCUUGCCCUUGUUGGGCCUAGUGGCUGUGGUAAGAGCUCAGUCAUUGCACUUAUACAAAGGUUCUAUGAUCCAACAUCCGGCCGGGUCAUGAUUGAUGGAAAGGACAUAAGGAAAUACAAUCUCAAGUCCCUUAGAAGACACAUUGCUGUGGUACCUCAGGAACCAUGCCUGUUUGCUACUACUAUUUAUGAAAACAUUGCAUAUGGGCAUGACUCAGCUACUGAAGCUGAGAUUAGAGAGGCUGCAACUCUUGCCAAUGCUCACAAGUUCAUAUCUUCUCUGCCAGAUGGAUACAAGACAUUUGUUGGCGAGAGAGGGGUUCAACUAUCUGGAGGGCAAAAGCAAAGAAUAGCAAUUGCCAGAGCUUUUGCGAGGAAGGCAGAAGUUAUGCUUCUUGAUGAGGCAACAAGUGCACUUGAUACUGAAUCUGAGAGGUCUGUUCAGGAGGCCUUAGACCGUGCCUGCUCGGGAAAAACUACUAUCAUUGUUGCACACAGACUAUCAACUAUCAGGAAUGCCAAUCUCAUUGCAGUUAUUGAUGAUGGGAAAGUAGCAGAACAAGGCUCCCAUUCACAGUUGUUGAAAAAUCACUCUGAUGGGAUGUAUGCACGCAUGAUUCAAUUACAAAGGUUGACAAAUAAUGAAGCCAUUGUUGGGAUGCCCUCAGGUUCAAGUACUUCAGCAAGACCCAAAGAUAAUGAAAGAGAAGGCUAGCAACUAACUAUUCAAAAGAAAGAAAAAAAAAAGGUAUAUGUCAUGUGCCAAUUAUAAUUAUUGGCAUUUUUGUUUUGACCAUAGUAUAGUUUGUGUAUCUUCCCUCAUCUCCUCCCAUUUAAGAAUGUUAUCUUCUUGUCUUUAUGAAUCUUACUAAGGAAGAAUACAGGAAUGAGAUUGAAACAGAUAAUAGAUGUCCAUCUUUAUGAAUUUAUAAGGCCUUUUUUUUGCAUCUUUCUCCCCUUUGCUCUAAAGCAUCAACUGUAAUGAACACUGUCAUUAGACCCUCGUCUGUUAUC